AUGGCCGAGCUGGGAGUGUUCAAAAGGAAUGAUGCGAUCUAUGUUAACCCCAAUACGCAGAAUGGCAAGCAUGUCGACAUCGCCAUCACUGUCCGUGGUUCAGACUUCUACUUUGCAUGGUGUGCAGUCAUGGGGACGGUUGCGCUGGGUAUCAUCAUAUCGAGCUUCAUGAAGCCUCGCACCGAUCGGAUUUUCUUCUACCUUACUGCAGGCGUCAACAUGACUGCAUGCAUAGCAUACUUUGCCCUUGGUUCCAACCUCGGGUGGACACCGAUUGACGUCGAAUGGACGCGGGGUCAAGCUGACGUUAGAGGCAUCAAUCGCGAGAUCUUUUAUGUUCGCUAUAUUGAUUGGUUUAUUACCACCCCUCUACUUCUUCUUGACAUUCUUCUCACAGCCGGACUCCCCUGGCCUACCAUCAUCUGGACUGUCUUCCUGGAUUGGAUCAUGAUCGUUACGGGCCUUGUGGGUGCUCUUGUCAAAAGCCGAUAUAAAUGGGGUUUCUUCUCUUUCGGCUGUGCAGCAAUGUUCUACAUCUUCUACAACGUUGCCUGGGAGGGCCGUAUCCAUGCCAAGCGUCUGGGGAAUGAUGUCUAUCGUGUGUAUCUGAUCUGCGGAGUCUGGACCCUGUUCCUCUGGCUUUGCUAUCCCAUUGCUUGGGGCGUAUGCGAGGGCGGCAACGUCAUUGCUCCAGAUUCGGAGGCGGUUUUCUACGGUGUCCUUGACUUCUGCGCUAAGCCUGUGUUCAGCAUCAUGCUCAUUGUUGGACAUUGGAACAUCAGUCCUGCUCGUCUGGGCCUGCGAAUUCGCGAUGUCGACGAAGACCCAGUCCUCUACGAA